UAUUCCAGUGCAUAUUGAUACUUAAACACACGGACUUGUUUAUGUCUCUGUGGUAGGUUCAUGAUCUUGUGUCAAAUUUGACGAACUAUUAAGAAUUGAAAAUAGUAAUGAAUGUGGAAAAUGUUUUUCCUUCUUAGGUAUUUCCUAUAAAACAAUUUUGUAGUAUGUGGUCUCAAAAUCAGUGUCCAAGUUCAAACUCUAGCAGUCAGUAAAAUGAGUAGUUGAUAGGGCUAGUUUUAGAAAUCGAAGGAAGAAUACAUAAAUUUUCAGCAUGUUCAAAAGUCGUGGUGAUAGCAAUAUUGUUUAUAAAUGUACUGUACGAUUAUUAGAAGAUACUGAAAUUUUAGAAUGUGAAUUUCACCCAAGCUAUAAAGGUAAAUUUCUCUUAGAACAUGUUUGCCAACAACUGAAUCUGUCAGAGACAGACUAUUUUGGACUGCGAUAUGUUGAUGCUGGUGGUCAGAGGCAUUGGCUGCACUUGGCUAAAUUGAUAUUAAAACAAGUGAAAGAUGCUUCACCAAUUUUAUUUAGUUUUCGGGUGAAAUUUUAUCCACCAAAUCCAUUGCUAUUAAAGGAAGAUGUAACCAGAUUCCAGAUAUAUCUGCAGCUAAAGAGAGACCUUCUACAUGGUCGCCUUUACUGCACAUCAAAUGAAGCUGCCAUGCUUGGUGCACUUAUUAUACAGAUUGAAUUGGGUGAUUAUGAUCCUAAUAUACAUGUUGGGAAUUACGUCACAGAAAUGAGGCUAUUGUUAAGACAAACAGAUGCCAUUGAAGCAAGAAUACAGGAGCUGCAUAGAGACCCAAUGGAAGGAACACCAGGUGGAACAGCUGGAGUCAAGGGCAUGUCCACACAGGAAGCUGAACGGACAUUCGUGAAGAUUGCAUGUCAACUAGAUACAUAUGGAGUUGACCCACAUCCUGUCAAAGAUCACAGAGGCAAUCAACUGUAUUUGGGAAUUAAUCACAGCGGCAUACUGACGUUUCAAGGCAGCCGGAAAACUCAUCAUUUCAAGUGGUCUGAAGUACACAAGAUUAACUUCGAAGGCCGCAUGUUUAUCGUUCAUUUGAACUACCCUGAAAAAAAACAUACAGUUGGUUUUAAAUGUCCCAGCGGUGCAGCGUGCCGGCAUGUCUGGUGUUGUGCCAUAGAACAAAUGUUGUUUUUUACUCUUCCAUCGUCGUCUGAUGCCUGUGUAUAUUCUGGUGGCGGUUUGUUUUCGUGGGGCACAAAGUUCAAAUAUGUUGGUAGAACUGAACGGGAAAUAUUAGAGAGGGAUGGAUUACUUACACCGCGAGAUUCACAGGAGGAGGGCUCCAGUACAAGUGGCAAGAGGAAAGCGUCUAGCGUUCCCGCGACGCCUUCUACACCGAUGACUGGAGACUUCGGCUACAGCAGCCUGCCGCGCUCGGCGCACAGCGCGCCGCUGGACGAGGGCGGCGCGGCGGACGGCGACGCGUGCGACGGCGGCUGCCUGCUGAGCGGGCCGGCCGUGGACAUCGCGCUGGCGUGCUGCGACCACCUGGGCGACAAGCCGCGCCCGCUGUGCGACGCCUACGAGCACUCGUCCACCGAGUCCACGGCGGCGGCGGACGAGUGGCGCCCCCCCGCGCUGCAGCCGCCGCCGCGCCCCUUCAGCCUGCUGCGCGCCUUCGUGCCGUCCUUCGUGUUCGUGUGGCUGUCGCUGGCGCUGGCGGCGCUGCUGCUGUUCGAGACGGACUGGGCGCCGCUGCGCGCGCUCAAGCGCAAGCCGGAGCUGGUGUCGCUGCGCCACCACUACUACGCGCCGCUCAAGGACUACGUCAAGCGCAAGGUCGUCGAGCUCUUCUGAUCCUAGGCGCAGCCGGAGUCGGUGAUUCGGUACCGUUCAGCCGUACGCGUUCAAGUGAUACGUUAAAAGUACCUGGAGACUUCUAUUACUUUUAUUCUAUUAAUUCGCGUGUCUGAGUUUGCGAAGCUUUCUAAAUAGUUUUCUUAGUUUAGGGCUCCGGACUCGUAAUUAUGAUAUUAAACAGUUGCACAUCUUGACAACAUCAGGAUUAGGUUUACUUAUGUAGGGAAAUAUUUAUUUUCUUAUAAUUUGAUACUACGUACUGCAUUUAUUUACGAUGAUCAAUACGCUGAACUGUACUUAAUUAUUUUUUAAACGUACGCGUUAACUUACAAGUGCUUGUAUCCUAGUGAACAGCUAAGCUAUUUAUUUUUAAAAAAAUAACGAAUCUCAGAUCCUAUGAACAUUCCAAACUUAACUACUUUUUUAAUAUAUUUUUAUUUUUUUAGCUUUAAAUAU